UUUAAUUUCGUUGAAAGAGUUAUCAUGGCAGCUUAUGGUGCUCUGGUUUCUCUUACGCAUAUUAUAGACACCCUUCACAAACACUCUUCCCCUCCCAUUUCCAUCCCUAAACCACAACUUCAUUCUCUUACUCAAAAUGUCACCUUCUUGCAAGAGUUUCUUGAUACUUAUAUUUCCCCAUUUGCCGAUAGCCAUGAAGCUGAUCCAUUGGAGCGUCGCAUUGCUAAUGCAGUUUAUGCAGCUGAGGAUAUUAUUGAAGCCCAGAUUGUGGUUCAAAUUGAUAAACAAUCCACAAUUGUUGAAGAUCAUAGCUUUUACACUAAUCUACAAAAAGUGAUAGAAGAAAUGGAUCUAAUCACGAAAGAGGUGCAAAAGAUUGCAGUCGAACCUCAGUUGCAGCAAAAGCCUGUUGCUCCCUUGACGACGUCGUAUUCCACCGAAAACGUGAUGGUAGGCUUUGAACAAGUGUUUCUUGAAGUUUUGGAUGAGCUCACUCGGGAUCAAAUUAACCGCCAAAUCAUCCCCAUCACGGGCAUGGGCGGAAUUGGUAAGACCACUCUUGCCAAAAGUUUAUUUGAGAAUGCACUUGUUAAGGAGCAUUUUGAUAUUUGUGCUUGGACUACAAUUUCUCAAACUUAUAAUGUUAGAGAAACACUUAAACAAGUUUAUAUUCAAGCAAGUGGGAAUGAAAAUUUGAGCCAUCUGAAUAACAAUCAAUUGGGAGAAAAAAAUUUCAAGGUUUUAUAUGGCAGAAGGUAUCUCGUAAUAAUGGAUGAUAUGUGGAGUGUAGAUGCGUGGGAGAGGAUAAAAUUUUUCUUUCCUGAUUGUGAAAAUGGUAGUAGAAUAAUUAUAACAACUAGGAUGUCAAACUUGAGCUCUCAAUUGAAUGGGUCUCAUAGAGUUGAUAUGGAGUUUCUGGAUGAGGCUAGUAGUUGGGAUUUGUUUUCUAAGAUUGUGUUUGGGAAAGAGAGCUGUCCUAUUGAGUUUGAGAAUAUUGGCAAGAAUAUUGUAGCAAAUUGUAAAGGGCUUCCUUUAUCAAUUGUUACGAUUGGAGGACUUUUGGCAAAAUCUGAGCACACGAGAGCAUAUUGGGAGCGAGUAGAUCAAAAUUUGAAUUCAAUUGUUAAUAGUAGUAAUGAUGAUUUGUGCUUGAGAAUAUUGAGGAUGAGCUAUAUCUAUUUGCCAAACUAUUUGAAGCCAUGUUUUUUGUAUAUGUCUGUAUUUGAGGAAGAUCGUAGGAUUCGUGUAUCGAUGCUUGAAAGGCUAUGGGUGUCUGAAGGAUUUUUGAAACUAAGGAGUGGAAAAUGUUUGGAAACAAUUGCGCAAGAGUACUUUAAGGAGUUGGUUGAUAGAAAUCUCAUUUUAGUUGAUGAGUUGGGGUCUAUUGGAAAUGUUAAGUCUUGUAAGAUCCAUGAUUUGUUGAGAGAUAUGUGUUUGAAAGAAGCGGAAAAAGAAGGGUUUCAUUAUGUCAUAAGAGAUGAUCCUCCAUCUAAUAAUUCCAAACGCCGGGUUGUUUUUCCACCUAAAGGUUCAAAUUUGUUAACAAGUGAAGUUUUGGGAUCUUUGUUAUAUGCUCGUUCCAUAAUAUGUGAUUGUCACAUUUAUGAUGGCGGUGACGUAGAAGUUCGACUGCCUCACAAUCUUAGAUUGCUGAGGAUAUUGAAAGCACUUGACGAAGAUACUAGGAGUCGUGCUUAUUUCCUAGAAAAUGUGUUUGAAUUGGUGAACUCUCGUUAUCUUGCUGUUUGCGUUCGUAAGAAGUCCAGUUUCCCGUCUUCGAUUGAGCUACUUUGGAAUCUACACACAUUGAUUAUUUAUUGUUGGGAUCAUCUUGUCGUACCGACUGAAAUUUGGAAAAUGCAUGCACUUCGACAUCUCGAGUUUAAGUUAACCGAGGUGAUUCUCCCGGUUCCUCCUAGAGGCGGCAAUAACAUUGUUAUCAUGGAGAAUCUGCAAACACUCAAAGGAGUAAAGAAUUUGAAUUUGGAUGAGGAGGUGGUUAAAAGAAUUCCUAAUGUCAAGGUAUUGCAUAUAAGCUACCUUGGGAAACAAAUGGAGGAAGAAGAAAAGUGUCUAAGAUAUCUUCAAUGUUUGAGUAAAUUGGAAAACUUUCGCUGCUGGACCAAACGUGGAAAUGGUGAGUGCUGGCAGUGGAUUAGGUUCCCACAAUCACUCAAGAAGUUGAUUGUUAAUGCAUCUAUUGAUGUGGAGUUGGAGGGCUUAUUGGACAAAAUCGGUUCAUUGCCUCUACUUGAGAAAUUUGUAUUACGAAAUGGUUUCUUCAAAACAGGCAAGUGGGAAACAAUUGAAGGCCAAUUUCCAAGCCUCAAGUUUCUAAAUUUGGCCAAUAGUGAUGGUCUAGAAGAUUGGAUUGUCACACAUAACUCUCUCUUUCCACUUCUCCAACAACUUCAUCUUUCUAGUUUAUAUAAACUGAAUGAGAUCCCAUCACAAGUUGGAGAUAUAGCAAUGCUGAAAUCAAUUUAUUUGAGAUAUUGCAAUAAAUCACUUGUGGUGUCAGCUAAAAAGAUAGUAGAAGAACAAGAGAAUUUAUAUGGAAACCAACUAGACCUUCGUGUUGUACAAACGCUACUUGACAAGUUCCAACUUUGAAGUCAGAGUGGAUAUAGCUGAAGCACUGAAGAGUUGGCAUGCUGCGGCAAGACUUUGAGCCUCAAGAACUUCAGGCCAGUUCCAGAUCAUCAAGUUUCUAGAGCUGUGUUGGUGUAAUUGUUUAGAAGAUUGGAAUGUCUCAUACAACAAUAAUAGUGGACGAACAAGGGAACUUAUACCCAAGUACUGUGAAAAAGUGUGAGCUUAUAUAGUUUGAUUAAUAUGUCUUCAUGUCACCAACUACCCAAUAACUCACACCCAUAAUUAGCGCAAGUUUUUUCUACUGUUCUACUUUAAGACCAGCAGGUACAAGCAUUGCAGUAUUUUAGUUUCUGUUUAUAUUUUUCUAUUCUAUAAAUAAUACUGUAAUUAUUGAUGCAAAGUAGAGGUAUCUUAAAAUUUCCUUUAAGGCUCCA